CAUAAAGUGCCUGAGACUUCUUCCCAGCAAGCCAGAACUAAAGGAGCAGAGGAACAGGCUGAGGAGGAACACAUCUGCAGCAAUGGAAAGAGCUGGUGAAGUAGUGCAAAGCAUAUUCUCAGGACAGUGGGAUGUAAGACAACACCAAGAAGUUCAAAACCAAGGUGAAGGCACACAGCAUGCAAUUUCCAUAACUCAGGAAAUAGAACAGCACACACUCCAGGAAGUUCCCCUCCAAAAUGAAGUCACACAGAAUGCUCCAUCUGGAGAACAACAAAGUGUAAGAAACCGCCUAAGGGUUCCUGGAGUUUGCAACCAUAGUGGUGGUGUACAGAUUAUCCCUGGAGGGCAGCGGAAUACAAAUACAAGACAGCACAGACUCCAGGACGUUCCUAGACAAAGCGACAACAAGCAGAAUAGUACCUUAUCCAGCAUAAACCCUUACAAAGGCCUGGUGGACUGCCUACGUACCACAUGGCUCUCAGGAACAACACGAUCUAUAGAGUAUCGGAAAGAGCAGUUGGAGGCGUUGGGUCGCUUCUUGGAUGAGAGGAAGAGCGAUCUCUUCCAUGCCCUACAGGAAGAUCUGCGCAAACCCGCCUUUGAAGCUGAGCUCACAGAAGUUUCCUUUACAAAGAAUGAAGUGAAUUAUGCCCUUAACAACCUGGACUGUUGGAUGAAGGAUGAAUAUGUGACCAAAAAUCUAGCCACCAAGCUUGACAGUGCCUUCAUCCGCAAGGACCCCUUUGGUGUGGUCCUCAUCAUUGCAGCUUAUAAUUACCCCAUCAACCUUGCCUUGGUGCCUCUGGUGGGGGCCAUUGCAGCUGGGAAUUGUGUGAUUCUGAAACCUUCUGAGAUAAGCAGCUGUACCGAAAGGCUCCUUGCUGAAGCACUGCCUUGCUAUCUGGAUCCAGAAACCUUUGCUGUGGUGACAGGAGGACAAGAAGAGACAACAAAAUUAUUGGAAAACAAGUUUGAUUACAUCUUCUUUACAGGUGACCUCACCUUUUAA